CAACACCACCACCACCUGUAAUCGAAGAAUCGACAGAAACAUUAGAUGUUAACGAACCAAUUAAUAUUGAUAAUCAUGAAAAAAAUAAUUCAGUUGUUGAUCGUGCUUAUCAUUUUGUUAGAAAUAUGUUUCAACUAUCUGAUGAUAUACUCGAAGAUAAUUAUACACAGGAAGAUGAUUCAAUUCUUUCUUCAACAAAUGAUGAACAACAACAUCAUCAAUCACGAAAAUUACUCUCUGUUAAUGAUGCAACAUUAUUUGUUAAUUCUAAUGGUAUAAAUGAUUAUAAUUUUAAUCUUUAUUUAAAUGAAUUAAAUGAUAAAGAAUCUAUUGUAUCAUUCAAUGAUUUAUCAUUGUUAUCAAUGAGUAUAUCAAAACGAAAAUUAUUAUCUGUUAAAAAAUCUAAACGUACAACACCACCAGAAACAACUGAUAUAAAAACUAAAAAACCACAUUCUAUUAUAAAUAAACCAAAAGUUGGUUGGGCUUAUCGUUAUCGUAUAUCACGUUAUUUAGCUGAUCAACAAAUGAAACGUACUGGUCAUAGUAAAAAAACCGAUGGAGGAGGAAAACUUCAUACACAAUCAAUUAAUAAAAAGAAGACAAGUUCUUCAUCAACUCAUACAAAACCUUCUAAACGUAAACUUCUUGAAUUCGAUAUUGAUGAUGUAUCAAAUUGGAAUGAUAAUAAUAAUCAGAAUGAUAUUUCUAAUCAAGAUAUUGUCAAUUCUGUAUCUAUUACAGAAGAAUUUGUUCCUAAACGUCAAUUAUUGGCUUCAAAAAAAAUUGUUAAUAAUAAAGAAGACACUGAUGAUGAUGAUGAUGAUAAUGACGACGAUAUUGAUACAGUAAAUAAACGUCGUCGAAUGAAAUCUUAUGAACAAAUAACUGAUCCAGUCGAAAUUGUUCGUUCAUAUGAUCGUGGUUUAUUUAAACCUCGUGUUGGUUGGCAAUUUCGUUAUCGUGUAUCACGUUAUAUUGAUGCUUUACGUGAAAAUAUUCGUGAAGAUCAAGCACGUUUAAAAUUAGGCUUAGAAGCAAUUAAACGUAAAACACCACAAGAAUUAAGUGGUAGACGUAAACGUGUUCUAGAUAAACCAUUUGUAUCUGAACAACAAGAAACACCACCUCCUGUCGAAGAAAAUAAACCUAAUGUUGGUUGGCGUUAUCGAUAUCGUAUAAGUAAAAUGCUUGAAGCUAAAAAACGUGGUGAUUACGUCGAUGAUGAAGAAGAAAAACGUAAAACACGUCUUGAACAGAAACGUAAACAACAAGGUCUUGUUAAACCUACGGAUGAAGAUGAUGAAUGCAUUGAAUGGGAAUAUGAUAGUCUUGAUCCAGAAUUACGUAAAAUAAAGGAAGAAGGUCGACGUGUUGGAUGGGCAUAUCGAUAUCGUAUUCGUCGUAAACUUGAUGAAUUAAAAAAACAACAAGCAGAAACUGGAAUUCCAUUUCAUUUGGAAACACUUUCUACUAAACAAGAGAAAAAAACAAUAACAACGCCAACAAGUUCAAAAGAUGUAUCGGGUGAAACUCCAGUUGAAAUUCCUAAAAAACAUGUUGGAUGGCAAUAUCGUUAUCGUGUUUCGAAGAUGCAAGAAGCACAAAAAUAUGAAGCAGCUGAAGCUGUAAAAAAACCACCAAAGAAAACAGAUGAUCAUAUACCAAUACAUGAAAGACUUGAUCCUGCAUUAGCACGAUUAACACCAGAAGAACGAAUUGUUGGAUGGAAAUAUCGUUAUCGUAUUCGACGUAAACUUGAUGCAAUAAAAAAUGCUACUCGUGAAAGUUCAGCUGGUAAACGUAGUAAAAAAACUAAACAAUUAUCGGAAUCAAAAAAAUCAUCAAAAGCUAAAGAAAAAGAACAAAUUAUUAAAAAAGUUGAAGAAUCUAUUGAAAAAAUUCUUAAUAUUGACGAUAUUGAUGAAACACCAUUUAUGGAAUAUUUUCGUCGUGCAUCAAGUUAUAUUUUAUUUGGUCUUCUACCAACUGGACGAAAAUCUAUAUGUCUUUUACCAUUACCUUUUACAUUUUCAUUUUGUAAUGAUGAUGAUAAUGAAGAUAUUAAAGGUAAACCAAUAACAACAACAACAACAACAACAAC